CCGCCAGUUCCUUCAUCCCCACCUUCAAAGCUCUGCAAUAUCCCUCACAUGAAGCUCUCUAAACCUCUCUUCUUCUCCUUCAUCUUUCUCCUCACUAUCGGGAAUCCCGCCGGUGUUCAUGCUUCUGAUGCAGGCUAUAAUGACGGCAAGAAGAACGGAAUAAAUGGGCUCCGACCGACCAAACUGUUUGUUUUCGGAGAUUCGUACGCUGAUACCGGGAACAGCCGGAAAGUGGCGUUUUCUUGGAUGGAGCCGUAUGGCAUCACCUUCCCCGGCCAGCCUUCCGGCCGCUUCUCCGACGGCCGUGUCCUUACUGAUUUUAUUGCUGAGUUCUUGGGAGUGGAGUCUCCUACACCGUACAAAUCGAUGAAGUAUGGUCCGAGUGGUGUGGACUUUGCAUUUGGCGGCACCGGCGUGUUUGAUACAAUAUAUCCGGCGCCGAACAUGACCACACAGAUCGAUUUUCUCCAAAAACUCAUUAAUGAUUCUGUGUAUACAAACACCGACCUGCAGUCUUCCAUGGCCUUAGUUACCCAUUCCGGCAAUGACUAUGCUACCUAUCUACUCAAAGGUGGCACCAAAGUGGGUUUGCCAAUAUACAUGAUCACCGUGGUGAAGAAGCUAGGUGCAAAUAUGAAGCGCCUACACAGCUUGGGAGUGAAGAAAGUGAGCGUCACCUCUCUGGAGCCCAUAGGUUGUCUUCCCAGAGCCACUGUCCAUUCAUCUUUCCGGAAAUGCAACGACAUCGAGAACAUCAUCGCCGUGCUACACAACAAGCUAUUGAAGAAAACGGUGGCGCGGUUGAAUAGAAAGACCCCAGACUCCCCUUACUUCAUUCUCGACCUCUAUAGCUCCUUCCUCACCGUAUUCAAGCAGAACGAACUCAAACCAGCAGAAGGUGGGAGGAGGUUCGAGACGCCAUUGAAGGCCUGCUGCAUGGGUGUAAGCGAAAAAAACAAGUGCUCGGAUGUGGACGAUAAAGGGAUGAAGUUGUACACGAUGUGUAGCGAUCCAAACGCGACCUUCUUCUGGGACGGCGUUCACCCUAGUCAGGCAGGAUGGCAGGCUGUUUAUGAUGUUUUGAAGCCUACUCUCCAUGAACACUUGUUCUAGGCUUCUAGCUUUCAGCAUGGUUUUCAUGAACUUCUCCAAUUUUCACUUGCAUCCCUAGAUUCUUGUUUAGUCUAUAUUGGUACCUUUUGUUCUUAUAUCUACAAAUAUAAUAUCUACAGACUACAAAUUUAAUAAAAGUCAAUUAAAAAUGUUUAAAUGAA